AUGAUCACAGUCAACCGCCUCUGCAGAGAUCUGGGCAUAAAACACCCCUUGGAUCACCCUACAUGCAUUGGCUAUGGAAAAGCAAAACCAACCUGCGGAAUCUUAUGCGCUCAAGCAUCUCGUAAUGAGGCAGUGACUGCUCUUGAAGGCAUCUGCGAGGCGAUAGCAGACGGAAUCAAUCCCCGCAUGUUGGUUAACGACUUGGAAGGAGUGGCCCAAUUGCUUCAUUGCAAAAGAUGGCACCAGUAUCAGGCCCGAGCAAAAGCCCGGGAAUGGCGACGAAAAUUGGACGAAGCCAUGGCUCAACGGAACGAAGAGCAGCAUCAACGACAGCAUCAACGACAAUCUCGAUCCCGGAGAGAAUUCCACCGUCCUGGUAACAACAAUCAAAUCGCACCACCGGCAGACUCUCACCUUGCCUCAUUCCGCGACGAAGAUAUUCUUGCCGAGCUGGCUCAUCGUCUCCAAUCACAGAGUCACGUCAUUAGCUCCAUAAGAGCAAUUCUGGACAACCAACGAGGGAGGAACCAACGUUCACCCGGCCGCUCGUCUUCGGACAGGACAACCUUGUCCUCAUUCUCUAACUCCUUGGAGUCGGACGAUGAAUUCUCGGAAGCUUCCGACUCGGAGACAGAAGACGGUGACGACAAUGAGGAUUCUGACUUGGAGAACUCCGACACAGACACCUCGUAUUCUCGAUCUUCUUCAGGCUCUUCAACCUCUCGUUCCAACUCUGGUCCUAUCCAACCGACGCCGUCAUCCGAACGGCGCUCACGAGGGAGGGAGCACCUUCGGAACCGUUUGUCGCCUUUGCUUAGAGCAAUCCCCCUACCUCUCCCACCUCUGAAAACGAAGCCGAAAGCGAAUGCGGCAUCUGUCUAUCACGCAUCGUGA